AUGGACGACCCAACAACAGGAGCAGCCUUCUACCCAUCCGCACCGCAAUCCCCAGCUCCGGAGCUCGAUGGCCUCGACGCACGCCCCGAGAUGGACAUGAACAUGGCAGACACGCCGUGUGAGAAUUGCCCCCGAGCGGCGGUCCACGACUACCAGCCACUCUGCGAUAGCCUAUCGCAUAUUGUGGGGAGCACCGAUCCAGUGCGAUUCGCAGGCGCUCAGCCGGAUGAGCUUGCACCCUCAGAGAUCCGCAAGGACGCGUCGCGCCUGCGGGGGGACGUUGAGUGGAUCAAGCACUUCUUCCCUUCGGCUGAGACGGUGGACCGGCUGUUUGCAAGGGAGCACAUGGGCAACUUUGUCGUCGAUCGCGUGAGCGGGCGCAAGGCGUUUGAGAGCAUGCCGCUUUAUGUACGCGUGGGCAUGCACCUGCUCUUCGUCUCCGCGUCCCAAGCGAUGUCCUACCACGCAGUAGAGGAUCUGUUGAGGGCACAGUCCGUCAAGCAGGGCAAGCUGUACGACGCUACUGGUCCCGGCGUGCUCCCACACAUCAACGCGUUCAUCAAAGCCUACGCGAUCCCGCUGGAGGAGCUCCUCGAGACAGAUCUCGCCAAGUACGCGACGUUCAACGACUUCUUCUCGCGGCGCCUCAAGGCCGAGGCGCGUCCCAUCGCCUCAGUAGACGACUUGCACGUCCUAACGUGUCCCGCUGACUGCCGGCUCUCGGCAUUCGAGACGGUCGAGGCAGCCAAGACCCUCUGGAUUAAGGGGCGGCAAUUCACGAUCCCCAACCUCCUCUACGGCGAUGACAAGACGGACAAACAAUUCGACAGCGUCGCGCGCUCCCCGUCCGCUGUCGCUGUAGCCCGCUUGGCACCGCAGGACUAUCACCGAUUCCACAGCCCGGUAUCCGGCGAGGUCGUGGCUAUCAAGGACAUCCCCGGCGAGCUCUACACGGUCAACCCUCAGGCCGUCAACGAGGACUUGAACGUGUUCACCCUCAACAAGCGCUCUGUCAUGCUCAUCCACGCCGAUGUCGGCCUCGGCGCGCGCGUGCCUCUAGCCUUUGUCGCCGUUGGCGCGAUGCUUGUCGGCAGUAUUUUCUGGUCGAAGAAGCCCGGAGACACUGUGCGUAAGGGCGAGGAACUGGGAUGUUUCCAGUACGGCGGGAGCACGUGUAUCCUUGUCGUACCACACAGCUCGGGGAUCAAGUUUGACGACGACCUGCUCCGUGUCAGCAAGGAGAAGAUGGAGAUGCUGGUGCGCGUCGGCAUGAGUAUGGGACAUGUUGGGCGAGGCCGGUGUGGGUCGGAGGCCUAG